AGGACAUGCGCUAGCAAGGCAGAUAUAUUCGUUAUAGAUAUCAUGAAUAAAAUAUUACAUUUAGCACGCAAAAUGUUCACCAUCAACAAGUCCAUCGUUAAGGGAAAUCACACAGCUCUUACACCUUUGGAAGACAUGUCAGGUGCUCGAGGUCAAGGUGGAGGAGGGCCACCUCAAAAUUGCCUGAAAGUUUUUAUUCAGCGAGAUUACAGUGAGGGUACUAUGGUCAAAUUUCAAACUAGAUUCCCUUCAGAACUUGGAGACAGGCUGGACAGACAAUCCUUUGAAUACACGAUCAACCAAUUGAACAACUACUUCGCUGAGGCAGAACGUGCCAGUUGUUCAACAUACUGCGAAGGUUGCCUUGCCUGUCUAACUGCCUAUCUAAUCUACAUCUGCACGGAUACACAUUAUGAAAAAUGUUUGCGGAAAGUGGCCAAAUUCGUGAAUGAACAGAAUGACAGAGUGUACAGACCACGAGGAUUACUCCUCACAGACCCAACCACGCGAGGUCUUAGGUUAAUAGAAAUAUCGGUCCUGGAUAGACCCGCGUCGUGACUGCAUGUUAGCCGAUCCACGGAGUUCUUCAUGUGACCCGCUCACCUUCACCAUUUCAUCAGAAAGACCCACCCACAGGCUGUUUACAGUGUAUCAGGAUGUCGUAGCGUCCCAACCUGGCCUGCCUCCGCCAGUCGCGCGAGGUGAGUUUUAACAAACUCGUAGUGGGAUAAUGAAUCAAGAGGUACCGUGAGUACCUUGUUCAUUUUCCAUGCAACGACUAAGGAUCUUAUACUACUGUGGCUACAUACUAUUAUUAUUACUACAACGUCAUUGUGACUGGGAAUAUCAUGCACGACUACUGGUUUUACUAUUACACGAUAUGAAGAUUGACUCCCUCGUCUCUUGGCCACGACUUGGGCUGCUACCGCGUAGAUAAUUAAAACUGCGUAAGAUAACAGACGUUAAGGGCAUCUUUUAGGAAUGCAAAAUCUUUCUACUAUUUACUUUUUGGUAUUCCUGGUAUUUCCCGUUAACGUGCAUUCUGGUUACGACAGUGAAUUCCUUCGUUCAAUACCUGCAAGAUUUGGUGAAGCGCGAACCACUGCCUUUUGCACAGUGAAAGAGUUCAUUCUCAUUUCGUAGCGGCAUUCCCGUUAGCUACGAGCGUUAUCGUUGUCGAUCCCCUCAUGAUUCAUGAUUUAUCAUGGAUGCGUAUUAAAAAAAAGGACUUAACAACGGUAUCGCCGUUAGUUCAAAUUUUCUAUAAUAAUCCACGUGCGAGGAAAAUAUCUAGAAAAUUAUAUGGAAAACUUAUAGAACGUGGUUAGCUGAUUAUUAUUUCUUCUAUUAUAUGUGUCGGCAUUGUUCAAGCGAAAUUCCUUCGUUGCUUGUUGCAUUUACAGAAAGGUACUUAAGGGCAAUAGAUUCAGUUUUUAAUUACACGAAAGAAACAUAUCUCUAGCAAAGGUGGUAUCGAGCGCCAUUGUGCGACUUGAUCCUAUUAAUUUAUUUUAUUUUUUUUUCGGAAUACCCAAUGAUUUCAUGGAUAAUAAUUUAUGAGGAAUACGUUCCAAGGUUCUUAGGUAUUUACAUAAUUGUUACUUCUUCCUUCCACGUUAUAGCUUCCAUCGUUAUCUUUUUAUUGUAUCAUGAUAUAUGGUAGGAGUGGGUGACGAUCCUUUUUUAAAUGCAGUUCAUUUGUAAUUGCUAGGAUCAUAGGUUGGACGUUCGAUGGAACAUGCAUUCGCUGUGCAAAUUGGGUCGAAAAAAAUACUCGCGAAAGUGAUUUGCGAUGAGGAAUCCAUGGAUUGGCUAAGAAAAUGAAAAAAAAAAUUCAUAAAAGUGAAAAAACGUUAAAUUGAUAAUUUAAUAUUAUAGCAAAUGUACGAUGUACGAGGGAGAGAAAAUUAGGACACUUCAAUUUAAACGAUAUGCAGUAAUCGGGAAUGGGCGGUAUUGGAAAAUCACAUGCAAUUAUUUUCCUAUGUCCAUCAAUUUUGAAAUGACUAUACAAGCUUACGGUGCACCUUGACAAUGGGAAUAAAGAAUAAUGAGACUACGAGCAACUUUUUUUACAACAUAACAUCUAAGUACCUCUUUUACAAGACAUUAAAAAAAUAUAUACUAAGAGAAUAUAUGUAUAUUUAUGAGACUGUUUUUCUUCUUUUCAUGACAUAACUUAUCCCAUUCUUGCCUGAAUAAUUAUAUGCACGAUAUUUUGAUAUAUUAUUAAAUGAUUCCAGCAUAUAAAUCUAUAUUAUAACAUUUCAGCAAAUGUAUCAGGAUCGUUGAAAACAGAUUUUUCCAACUUUUCACAUAUUCAAGAGAAGAAAAUUCGACUAGUUUUUCUCAAUCAUAGCCGCCUCUUCCUGAUUAUAAAAACGAGAUGAAUUCUCGUGACGAUAGGACGACUUGCGGAUUCGUACAGACACAUGAAACAGCGCAUCACUGCCUGAGCAUAUAUGUACAUAUAUGUAUAGUAGUUUGUCCUCGGUGCCAGGUGGGUCGAUUGUAACGAAACUCAAUUUAAAAAAAAAGGAAAGCUCUCUCUAUUUGUCGAAGCCCCAAAAGCCACCGAAGACGUCGAUCGUGCGAAUUCCGUUAUGUAAUCGUGACUCCAGGAUGACGCGUGCACCAGGUCGUGCGGUAUCCCACGAGUCUCCCUCGACAAUUGUAACAAGUGAAUUGCAUAAUAUGUAAAUAGAACAUUAUCGACCUAUGGAUUAUUGAGAAGUAACAGAUUGUUAUAAUUAAUUUAAUAGUAGGACCAAAUAACUGAGAAUUAAUAAUUAUAAAUGAUAUCAUGGUUUGAAUGUAAUUUCUAAAUGUUUUAUUAAUAAAAUCAGCGUAAAUCCA